AUGCCUGCCAAGAGAACCACUCAACCCGGGAAACAGCGCGUCCGUACUGGUUGCUUGACCUGUCGGAGACGCAGAAGGAAAUGCGACGAACAAAAGCCUUGCUGCGCAAAUUGCGAAACAAAAGGAUUUACUUGUAAAUACCCUUCAAAAGUAACCUUCGUGCCUGCUGUGAAUCCGUCGGACGUGCAGUCGAAUGGAAACACAAUCAGGUUUAUCAAUCAUACCAACAAUGCCCCGUUUGUGUCUCAUUCGUCUCGGGGCCGUGAUGACUUACAAUACACCCCGGCUUCAACACCAGGCCAAAAUGAUAUUUCCCAUCCAUUGACUCCCCAUAUCGAGGAGAACAGACGGCAUGAUGGUUUAACGAACACGAAUGAUUCUGGCUCGUUGUUGCUGAAUCAAAGGAAUGCUUCAAUUUCUCAUAGAAGUGGCGGUGGACUACUUCCAGCUUAUACCCUGGAUGUUGAAACAGGCUUGCUGCGCCAUUUUCGCUACAACAUAUCUCCCUGCAUGGAUGUAGGUGACCCUGGAUCCUCAUUUGGACUGAACUGUAUGAUCUCCGCUAGGAACAACCGGCCCUUGCUGGCGUCGAUUCUUGCGCUUGCUGCUUAUCAAAGAUCGCUAGUCGUAUCUGCUGGGGCUGAUGAGGAUCUGGCCGACAGUCGCCGAUUCCGCAGUGAGGCUGAGAAUAGCCUAGCUGUGGAAGAAAACCGCUUUACAAGACGACUCGGAUACACCUUUCUGAUCAUGCAAGACUUCUUCUCCCCCGGUCCAUCUCAGUGGCGGAAAUUGUCGGAUUAUCUACUCGGCAGCCUGGCCGAUAUCAUCGUCCAGCCUACUCUUGAAGAUGAUUUCAAGGAACCCCUAUUCUGGAUGGCUUUCAAAGUUGAUCUCGCUGCAUCCGUCAUCUUCUCCCAACCACCACAGACGCCAUCCUUCUCUUUCGUACAAAAUUCACAGCCACAGUCGGUCAGAAGCAUAUACCAACGUGUUCAUUUCCUUCUAGGCGAGACUCUCUAUUUGAUAUUCCAAGGACGCGACCCGUCAGACUGCAGGCUUGAUGUAGAGCAGGCAGAGCUCCUAGAAUCAUCACAGGAAUCGAGGCCUUUGUCGCGAUGGACAUAUCUAUGGACCGAGUGCCAGAAAUGGUACAAGGCGCUUCCGGUGCAAGUGCAACCCAUUCUAGAGAUCCGAGGUCUAGAUGCCAAGCAGAUUGAUCCUUCGACAACCUCUUCUUUUCCAGUCCUAAUUUAUACUACUCCUCUCGCUCUUGUUGCGAACGCCAUUUAUCAUAUUACGUCUCUUCUACUUCUAAAUUAUAGGCCGCGUUAUCUAAAGACCUUGCCAGGGCCUCGGGGCGUCACAUCACCUACUUGGCAUUCCCAGUCCAUCGCUGGCAUUGCAACAAGCAAUGAAUCUGUUGGACAAUGGGACCCAAUACUGAUUGCAGGCCUGUUAUUAAUCGCAAGAGGAAUGACUCACAAAUCGCAGCAGUUGGAGUUGCUAGACCAGCUCCGAAGAAUAACAGCAAUAACUGGGAUCAGUUUGGAACAAGAAAUAGAAUCUAUCAAAUCAAAAAUCCACAUGUCACGGCGCGAUGAAGACGAAGUUUCGUGA